CCAUGGCUGCUCCUGCCAUCCAUGGAGCCACGUCAAGAUACGGAUCAAUUUCCUUAAUUUCAGUAUGCUCAUUAAGAGUAAAUAUAUAGUGUAUCAUCAUAGCCUCAAAAGUCUACAACUAAAUCCAGCUUCAUACCCAUAGUAUACCAUUGCUGCAAAAAUACAUUAAAAUCACUUAAUUACAAGACAAAGAAUGUAACUUGGUCCCAUUAGCACAUGUCAAUUACCCAUUACAAGUGGAAAAUGAAGGGGAAUUGCCAGAUGAGAUUGAAGAACUUGUGGAGAGGAAAAUGAUGUUUGAAAUUGAAGUUUCAAAAUCUCAGGGUGCACUAUAUGAAGACAGUUUUAGUGUGUCCAAAGUUUCUACUGAUCCUGCAUUCAUUGAUAAGCACUCCAAUAACACCCCAUCUACCCAAGAAUCAGUAUCCCAACCAAAUAAUAAAAUGGCAGACAUUGGAGGGGCAGGGAUAGCUGAACAUCUACAAGACAAGGUUUAACUAAGUCAAAUUUUUUAGUUAAUCACUUUUUUCCCAGAUUUUCUAGAAAUCUGAAAAGGAUUAUUUGAUUGUGCAGGGUGAAACAAGCAUCCAAGGAGACCAAAUUUCAAUUGUUGAUAGGCAGGAAGUAUUGGGGUGGGAUGACAGAAACAAGUUAAAGAGGGACCUCCUGAAUGAUUUUGAAAGUUCUGACCAAGAAAAUUUGAAAAGGCUCAAAAAAACAAUCAAAGUUGAAAAGGAUUGAAAGCCAUUGUUGGAAAGUUGUUUGGGGCAGUGUUCUCAUUUUAAUCCAUUUUCAUAUUUCCAUUUACCAUGAGUGUAUGAAAUAAGUGCUCAUGCACAGUGUGUUUUGCUUUUUUCAAUAUUGAAUGUCCUUUCCUUUGUUUCCAACACCUUUUUAAACACCUAUCCGGCUCUUACUUGAAACAAU